AUGGCGCUCCUUGCACACCUCAGCUUCGGCCAACACCCAGCAUUAACAGUAUGCGCUGCUUCAAGCUGCGAUAAGCCCAGUACGGCAAGCACGCGGCCACACAUAGCAGCUGCACUUAUCACAGGUACCUACGCAAUAAUAUUUGGUAUAGCGCUGGUGCUGGCGCCCAAAACAGUCUUCGGGUUGCUGUUCAAGUCCGAGACUGUCUCCUCGGGUUGGAUACGCGUCGGUGGCAUACUUUUCACUCUUAUCGGCUGGCAGUAUCUGGGAACUGCCCGUGCAGACAGCAAGGGGCAGGGAGCACGUGGCUUCUAUUGCGCCACGGUGUGGUCACGCCUGGCACUAUCGGCGGCAUUCGUGAUGCUUGUGGCGACAGGACAGUCCCCUGCUGGUCUCCUGGUGUUGGCGGGUAUCAACACCUUGGGCGCGGCAUCCAUGCACCUGGCUCUCAGUCGCAGCGUCGCAGCCAAGGACAAUGAGCCCGAGAAGGGGUCGAGUCGGUCAUGCGCGUCAUGA